AUGUCUUCUAAAGCACUUGCCAACCCUUUUAUUCGUCACGUUACGAGCAGGGGAUAUGCCCAGGCUGCACCAGCUGUAAAGAGGGAUGUUAGGCUACAGUCAAGUGUUUUGCCCAACAAAACAUUUAUUGCAGCUCUUGACAAUGGAUCACCGGUUACUCGAGUAACGAUAGCUUUUAAAGCUGGCUCCCGGUAUGAACCACAAACUGAACUCGGACUUUCUCAUAUGCUUCGUUCUGCAGCUGGUCUAACAACCAAAAAUGCCAGUGCCUACAUGAUUCGCAGACAACUAGCGCAAAUCGGUGCAUCAUUUACUGCAUCUGGUGACCGUGAAUUUAUUUAUUACACUCUGGAGGCCACUCAAGACAAUUUACAAACUGCUUUGGAAUAUCUCAACAACAUUGUGUCUAAUCAAGAAUUCCGGCCAUGGGAGCUGAGUGACAAUGUGCCCCGCCUUAGAUAUGAUAUUGCUGCUCUUCCUCCCCAGGUUCGUGCAGUUGAUCUGUUGCACAAGGCUGCUUACCGUCGUGGACUCGGUAAUUCGCUCUUCAUUGCACCUAAGAAGAUUGGAAAUAUCAGUAGUGAAUCACUUCAGCAUUUUGCUAGUAACAAUUUGGUUCCUAGUCGCUGUGCCAUUACUGUCAUUGGUGACAAUCAGGAUAGAGCUAAACUUGUUGCACAAACUCUUCAACUAUCAUCAUCCAGCCAGGCUGAGGGUGCAGGCUCAACUUACUAUGGCGGGGAGUUAAGAAAGGAGAUGGGCGGGGAUUUAGCUCAUGUGGCUAUUGCUGUACAAGGGGCUCCAGCUGGUAGUCCACAGUCUCUUGCUCUGGCUGUUGCGGCCAAAGCUUUGGGCAAUGGCCCUGCCACUAAAUGGGGUGCCAGCAACUCUCCUCUGGCAAAAGCAGUGGGCAAUAUCGGACCCUUUGCUGCUGCUGGCUUUAGUGUGUCUUACUCUGACAAUGGAUUAUUUGGUGUUGUACUUUCUGUACCUAAAGAUGAGGCUAAUGCUGCUGUAAAAGCUGUAGGCCAACUUUUGAAAAAUCCAUCUCUUAGCGCCGAUGCGAUAAAAGCUGGAAAGAACCAAUUAAAACUUCAGGUUCUAUGCGAGGCUGAAGAAGGCGCUUCUCUAGCCGAGUCUUUGGCUGCACAAGGAUUAUACACUGGAAAUGCAAAAUCACCAGCUGAUAUUGCUAAAGAUAUUGACCAGUUAUCAGCUAAUGACAUUUCACAGGCUCUGUCUAAUGCUGCCAAAAAUAAAAUAUCAAUGGGAGCAGCAGGAAACCUCGCAUUUGUCCCAUUUGUAGAUGAAUUGUAA